CGCUCGAGCUCACCGUAAUCAAGUCAGUGGGGUUGACACGCGCGCAACGACGCAGACUGAUAAGCCUCCAAGGAAUAGAGAAGAAAACGUUUUCAAUGGAGUCAAAUACGACGAAAAGGAGUACAAGUGGAUGCUGGUGCGUCAUGCAGCAUGUAGUGAGGGCUACAGAGGGAAGUGUAUAAAACACUGAGCAUCAGCCGAGAGUGGACUUUAAGAGCAGGAAUCUGCAUAGCUCUGAAGAUUUUGCAAGACCUUGUAACUUUGCUUUACUUUACAAAAGUAGAAAGGAGGAAAAAACAAGCCGUUUAGUUUAUAGCUCAGUAUUGGCGUGUUUUAUAGUCUAUUCAGAGUUUCCUGCUGAAUUUUCCCCUCCGGAUUUUUGCAUUCAGCUUCAAGUAUAACAGUAGACAGACUACUCCAGAGACCGUGGAGAAUAAUCCGCGCGUCUGCUUUCUGAGUGGAAGUUUGCGUGUCCCGCGCGAGCCGGCGUGCGUCUGGACCGGCCGUGUGCUCGCGCGCCGCUGUCCCGCGCUCAGAGUGCUGAGCAGAGCAAAGGGAAUCAAGCGGGCCGCGCGCGCCUCUCAAUGCAGCGGAGCGAUGUGCACUGGGCUCUGCUGGCUGCGCGCGCUGCUGCUCGCGGCGUGUCUGCGUUUCGGCGGCGCAGAGAGAGAUCCUCUCCCUGUAGCUCUGGCUGAGCUGGUGAAGAGCAGCUCUGUCUCCUCUACAGAAGAUCUGCAGCUGAUGUUGCUCUCUGACUCCGUAGAUGAUGAUCCAGAAAGCAGCAAUACCAACAACACCAACAACCGGCUGCCAAGAAGCCUUCUGGAUGCUCAGCCUGCACAGCAAGCCCAGUGUAAAGUGAGGACAGAGGUCAUGGAGGUAACCCGCUCUAUGCUAGACCGUAGCAAUGCUAACUUUCUGCUGUGGCCGCCAUGUGUGGAGGUGCAGAGAUGCUCUGGUUGCUGCAACACAAAAAACCUGAAGUGUGUCGCUGUACUCACUCACACACGCUAUCUACAGGUUAUGAAGAUCCAGUACAUGAACAUGCGCCCAGUUUACAACAAAGCUGUAGUCUCAGUUAAUGAUCAUGUGGAGUGCCGCUGUCAAGCUGUUCCUCGUCCAUCCUCCCGCAGAAAGUCUACUGCUAGCAAACAAGAAGCAAGAGAUCGUUCGGGUAAACCUCGUUUUAAAGAUGAGCUUCAUCGGAGAGAUGAGCUUAAACCCAACCAGAGGCUUAAAUUAGAGGAUCUGCUAAGCCACAGCUGGCCACCUCUGGAGAAUGGACAAGAUGCCUGGAGCCAUAACAAUACGCAACUAAGAAUGAGCAGAGGUUAUUCAUUUGGAGAUGGGAGGAAGAGUAACUCCAGCUCCAAUGACACCAAGGGUUGGUCUUCUGAGAGACAGGCAAAUCCUAUACCCAGUCACAUUAACAAAGAAAAUACAGGUUUAAUAAUACAUAAUGUAUUGAGGGCAAGUGAAAAAGUGGGAGAGACAGGAGACAAAGGUGUACAAACAAACAGUACAAUAAAUGAUGAUAGGCUGAUUAAUCAGUCAUUAGGGGUCCAUCCCACUGAAAUAACCAAUCAGAUUCCACAGCAUGAAUCUGAGACAAUACAAUGCACAGAGCUGAGCAAGACUGCCAAGAACAGUCAAGUACACAAAAAUCAUACUACUUCCCAAAUGGAGACCACCCAGAAUCAGACUCACAGUGGAGCACACGCUGGGCAAGCUAAUCAGACAAUGGUUUCUAAACCUGCUGAGAAAACCAAUCAGAAGCAAGGCCAUGGCUUUAAUGCAGAAAAAGAACCUAGUGUAAGGACCAAGGGAAAUGAGACCCCAGAAAUGGAGAGCACUCAAGAGGAGACAGAGGGGAUCAGAAGCAGGUCCACUUUGCUGAAGGAAAUUAAGGCUUUGGAGGAGGAGAAAGAGGAGCUGCUGUUACUUCACAAGCGUCUCGAUGAAGAAAAGCUCAAACAUUUCCUGAAAGCACAAAACAGUCCACAUGAGGACCAAAAACAGCACCCGAUGCACCACAAACCUCAGCAAACACAUACAACUACACAACGAACAGAAAGCAGAACGACUACUCCAGUCAGACUGUCCACUCCACACACACCACCCCGACUGCCCCCUCGUCCACCAAAGAGAUCGAGGAAACACCGCAAUCGCAUAAGCAAGGCUGUCAUGAGGGCCAUGCUCAUGUAGCAAGCACAGGUGAGAUGUGUGCAAGGUGCAGUACUUGUUCUUAUUAUUGCACUAUCCUAAAUAAUAUAAUUUAUUCAAGUAUUCCUGUCCAUGGAGCCCCACAGCCUCUAGUACUAAUCAUCUUGCAGUAACCCUGGGAGAGUCUGCAUUUGGCAGAGAUCUAGGGGCAGAGCUACAUUCCUACCAUAUUCCCCUGAUAUAAAUAACAGUGUUGUUAUUAAAGGGGACAGAAGACAUUAGGACAAACAUAAGGUUUACCCUGGUUUCAGACUGUCUGUCCACUAGUAGCUAGAACUCCUCAAAACUACUCUGAUGUCCUUUUCUUAAGUUAUGCUCACAUUUGGAAACCUGCCAUGACUCUGCGGAACAGUGGAACUGAGGAGGUAGGCUUGGGAAUGUCUUUGAAACUUUGAGGAAAGGACUUGCCUAGAAGUCAAGAAUAAAACAAAAACACUGGAAGUUUGGAAUGAAUGGGACUGGUCUGUGGAAAGUCACAGAAAUAAAAGAGACUGGUUCAGAAGUUUUCUGAACUCUUAGAUAAUGUUAAUCAAGAAGCUCAUUCAAAUGGAAAAGACGUUUAGAAGAUCCACAAUGUGGAGAUUUUAAGGUAAAUAUUUUCUGGAUUUAAAAACAUGAGUCUGCAGAAGAUUGCUGAAAGAAUAAAGACUGAUCUGAAACUCUUUGGAAUUAAAACACUGGCAUAUAGAAACAGAAAUGUAAGAAACUAUAGAAGAGAAUAAAAAUACUUAUUUUGUAGUUCUUUUAAGUGGCUCCUUAUUAGAUGUUCUGUAACAUGAAAAUAAUUGACUAAAUGUUUGUGCUAAAGAGAUGAUCUGGGGAAUGAAAAGCAUUUUGAGAAUUAGAGAUUAUAUUUUUUGUAGAUUAGAACAUACUGUUUUAGAGAAUUGCUUAAAUUAAUUGAGGAGCCUGAAGGAUCUUUUUCGCCGUUUUGAAUUGAUAAAGAGUGUUGAAGAAACUUGUAAUGUUUAAAGACACUAGAACAGAGAGCUACCAUCCAAUCAAUUUAAUAUUCCACCCACCUGGCCUAUUCAGUUUCUCUUCUAACUAUAUUUAAUGCACUGGCGAUUAGAAUGAUUGUUGUAAUUCUGUCCAUCCACUGAAACCACAGUGUAAAACCAAUAGUUUCUCCAUCCUACAAGUGUGCUAUGUAGAGCACCCAUUAGGUAGCUUAGAACCAUUAACUAUGCAAAGAUGCCUUAAGGAAACCCCUUUUAUUGGUAGAGAUGUCAGGGUCUGAGAAAUAUUGGACAGCUUUUCCUCAUCUAGUUGUAACACAAGUUUUUUAACACAAGUGUUUAAAUUGUAUUCAUUCAUUCCCAAUGAGAAAAGUGGAAAAAAGAGAAGGGACAUGAUCUAGGCAAAUGUUUUGUUUUGAACAGUGUUUCCAAUAUGUCUUGAUUAUUAAACAUAAUUCAAUAUCACAACCACUUAAUAAAUCAUAUACAAUUCAUUAACACUGCAACAAUACUGUUUUAACUUUUUUCCUAUUUAAGUUUAAUUUUUUAUUUAAUUUGACUGCUAACACUGGAAAUUCUCAGAUGGCAAAUUAAAGCUUGCAAUUUUAUUGUAUUAAUAUGGACCUCUUAAAAAUAUGACGGUGCUAUGUAAUGAUAAGGAAACAGCUUUACCAUUAAUGUUAUUUAUUCUCCUAUGUUUGCUUUGGGAUUAAUGUCUUUUCAUUAAUUUGACUUAUUUGUUUCUCGGCAUUCUGUUAAAGGUGUAUCUGCAAAUUGUUUAUUUUCAUCUCCUGUUGUUUGUGAGGAAGUGUUUUGCACCACAGAAAAAAAUCUGAAUAAAGAACUAAAAUAACCUGA